AUGGCUACUCAGCCAAAAUCCGCCUCACACAUCGCCGCCUCCCUGCUCGCUCGCGCCCACUCUCCCGACACAGCAGAAACCCUCCUACGAGAAAAAGUCAAGCAGCGCCCCCUCCUUCUACGUCCCACCUCACCCGAUCCAACUCUCAACGCCCGCGCGAAACGCCAAUACGAACGCCACCAGAAAGCAAAAGCGCAGCGCAAAACCAACAAACCGCGGCCCCUGUCCGCCGCGCAAAAGCGCAAACUAAGCCUCUACGACAUCCCACCGCAGCAGCGCAAGUACAGCAUCUAUGAGCCCGUGCACGCCAUGUGGUGCGCUUACAUGCGCGAAAUUCUCGGUCUGAGUGAAGGGAAGAAGUCCCAUGUCGAUGCGCAGAGUGCAGGGCCGGUGCUGGUGUCUGCUGAUUAUCAUGGUGCGUUACUGGAAAUUGUACGCAGUCGAUGUCCGAGUCGGGUGGGUUUGAAAGGGAUUGUGGUCAAGGAUACGAAGUUUACGUUUGAGCUUAUCACCAAGGGGGAUGCGUUGAAGACUGUGCCGAAGGAGUAUACGGUCUUUCGGUUUGAGGUGCUGCUGGAGGAGACGCAGGAGAGUGAGAGCCGGCGACCGAUGGUGUUUGAGAUUCAUGGGAAUCAGUUUGAGACGAGAGCACCGGACCGAGCCAACAAGAAGUUUCGAUGGCAUUUCGAUCCGGACUUGUGA